UGACUGUCGGCGCGAGUUGACUCGAGUUUGGGGGGGGGGGGGGGGUUAAACAAGAUGGCGACAACCUGACGGACAGAGUAAUACGAAGAGUCCGAAAAAUAUGAAAUGAUAUGCAAUUUGGCUGGAGUUACGCUUUUGUUAGUCUGAGGACCGACAUAUGACAAACGAAUAAAGCCUGCGGCCGAGCAAAGAUACAUGCGUAUUUUAGGUAGUCAAUAUCUCGGUGGAAUGGAGGAAAACCUGAAUCCAGGAGGAACACGCUUUCAGUAGGGUUGGUCUUUCUACAGAUGUGCAGCUGACACUGCUGCAUGAAAUUAGUAGUGGAAGUGUGUUUGGAUGCAGUCCACGUUUACGUGGCCCGGGGCAGACGAUAACAGGCAGCAUGGAUCCUUGACAGAAAUGUGCCACAUGGCCUUAAACCAGGGCUGGUCGUCCCUACGUAAGGCUGAAUCCAAUUAAAUCAUAUAGAGCUGAGGGUUAAAAAAACAAAACAAACAUUUUUGUUGAAGUAUAUUUGUCUCAAACAAAAGGCACACAAUGAAACACUAAGACAGCGGACGAAUACGUUUUCACGUCAGUGUGCAGCUUUCAAUUAAAAAUCACAGUAAUGUUUACAAAUCUGGACUGAUCCCUACCGCAGCCAGUUUUCUCUCUCUCUCCCUCCCGCCCACAUUCAGUAUUUAUCUUUAUUACCUCUCAUUUUCGGGCCAAGAGGUUAACAGUGGAUUACUCUCCGCCACCGGGAAGAUUUGUUCCCAAGUAGUUUGCACACGACGCUCGGUACUCUGUGGAUCAGUCAUGAGUACCGGGGAGAUACAUCACCUCAACUACCUGAAUGAAAAUGAACUAAUGGAGAUGGACACGUUCAUUCACCGCAUCGACUCUACCGAGGUGAUUUAUCAGCCACGGAGAAAGAGGGCGAAGUUGAUAGGAAAGUACUUGAUGGGGGAUCUGCUGGGGGAGGGAUCGUAUGGCAAAGUGAAAGAGAUGCUGGACUCUGAAACCCUCUGCCGCAGGGCUGUCAAGAUUCUGAAAAAGAAGAAGCUAAGGAGGAUUCCUAACGGAGAAGCCAAUGUGAAAAAGGAAAUUCAGCUGCUAAGAAAACUCCAACACAAGAAUGUGAUUCAGUUGGUGGAUGUUCUCUACAAUGAGGAGAAGCAGAAAAUGUAUAUGGUGAUGGAAUAUUGUGUUUGCGGGAUGCAAGAAAUGCUGGACAGCGUCCCGGAAAAAAGGUUUCCUAUAUUUCAAGCUCACGGGUACUUUUGCCAACUCUUAGAUGGCCUUGAAUAUUUGCACAGCCAGGGAAUUGUUCACAAGGACAUUAAACCAGGCAAUCUGCUAUUGACCACAGAUGGGGCGCUUAAAAUUUCUGAUCUGGGGGUAGCUGAGGCCCUGCAUCCAUUUGCAGAGGACGACACGUGUCGCACCAGUCAGGGCUCUCCGGCCUUUCAGCCGCCGGAGAUUGCCAACGGCCUGGACACCUUUUCAGGGUUUAAAGUGGACAUUUGGUCGGCGGGAGUAACACUAUACAACAUUACUACAAGUCUUUAUCCGUUUGAGGGGGACAACAUCUAUAAGCUAUUUGAGAACAUUGGGAAAGGAGAAUUUACUAUUCCUGAAGAUUGCGGGCCUCUCCUCUCAGACCUGCUGCGAGGAAUGCUCGAGUAUGACCCUGCAAAGAGAUUUUCCAUACAAAACAUAAGACAACACAACUGGGUGCGUAAGAAACACCCACCAACGGAGCUGCCCGUACCCAUCCCCGCCAGUGCGGAGAGCAGGGACCCUUGGCGCAGUAUGACGGUGGUGCCCUACUUGGAGGAUCUCCAUGGCUACAAUGAAGAUGAUGAUGAUGACGAGCUUUACGAUGGAGAGGACGAGAUCAUCUACACUCAGGAUUUCACGGUGCCAGGUCAAGUGGCCGAAGACGAUCACGACUACAGCCCACCCAUGGCCAAACCUGUUUGCGUGAAUGGCACAGAAGUGGGGUCUUUGAACAGCAAGGCCAAAACCGAACGACGGUCUUCAUCCUCGUCCAACCCCUCGCGCAAAGGGAUGUCCACGGCGAGCAAAAUCCGCAAGCUCUCCACCUGCAAGCAGCAAUGACCCCCCCCCCCCCCCCUUUCUCCUCUUCAGUCUCUGGCGGCAGCAGUCAUCCAGUGAGUGGCGCUGUCCCCCGUCUUCAUCUGUCUGCAGCGGACACGCUUGUGAGGGGAAAACCUGCUGAAGUUUGACAAAAAAGCCCCUCGUACCUCCGUGGACCACCUGGCUUUGUAGAAACGUGUGCUCUGAGAAAGGUUGCGAAUGGGUGGAAAUGUUCCUCUCAAUUUCCAGAAAGCUUGGUAAAUUUCCAGGGGAAUUUAAGACAGCACUUAUAAAAAUAUAUAUUCCAAAUUGGAUCAUGUCAUUGGAAAUUUUUGAGGGUAAUUUAUAUCGCAUUCAAGCAUCAAUAUGAAGGUCAUAAGCAGUCAUCCAUGCAAAAUACAGGUCGGGGGGGGUGGACUCUUCAAUACAGCUGUGACAUAAUCAGAAGCCUGCUCGUAGCUCAAAUUUUGUCUUGUGUUAAAAAAAGGGGGGGGGGGGAGACGCAAAAACAUAAUGAUGGCUGUCGUUGUCAUUUUGAGCACUUGCAGAAAAUGAAAAAUGGCCAAAUAUUUUCGUAUCAUCCUGACUAAAGCAACCACUUAUGUUCACACUUCCACCAGGGAUCAUUUCUUGACCGACUGGUGAAAUUCAAGCAAAAACUCAAGCUGGGAUCCAACUGUUCAUGAGACAGGUUCGUUUGAGCUUUCUGGUGAUGUCGCAACAGUGAAUUGAAACCAAACGGGCAGAAAUGUUUCUCCCCAGUGUGCGUUCUUGUGUGGACACGUUGAAAUGUCCCUUCUGAGAAAAUCUUUGACCACAAACUUGAGCAGUCUAAAGCUUUUUCACCAGUGUGUUGAAUUUGGAUUUUACUCUAAAACCACACACACUGGCCAGGAAAAUGGUUUUCCUGGCGUGUGUGAGAGAAGAGUUCAAAUGUCUUAUGAUUGAAUUGCUACUCCGACAACACGUCAGUCACAUGAACGAACCUGUCUCGUGGACUAAUCCCGUCAGAAAAAUGUCCAAUUUCACUCUAUUUGUCAGAAAAAUUAUUUACAUCCUGACAGGCAGACCAAUGAAAUGUUUCUUUCUGUCAAUGGCAGAAAGUACAACAAAUUCAUCAGCUUUGUGUUUGAUUCAACAGGCCCUGACAUUUCACACCCCAAGUCGAUUUUGUGAAUAAAUUGAGACCGUAAUCCUUUCAGCAGUCCUACUUUUUGUGACGUUUUUGUUUCGGUCGAGAUUUUUGUUAUGUAACGCAAACAGUACAUCUUUAUUUUCACAACGGCUGCAUCUCGACAGAACAUUUAAUAUAGAACUAUAAAACAUGACCAAUCAUUGGGGUCAUUUUUCAGGAGUCUCGAUUUAAUUUUUUCCCCCCAAAGCUGUCUUCUAGUUCCCUAUUAAGAUCCAGCCUUUAAUUUAGCAAAUUCUCAUGGACAUUUCCAGCUUUCUGGAAAUUACCGGGAAGCCAAGCCCUAAAGGACACCUCAAAGAUUCGAGCAAAAGCAAUCGGCAACGGUGGUCGAUUUUUUUUUUUCCUCUUGCACGUUGUCACUCCCUCAAUCUCCCGACGUCACACUUGGUCGUGCCGUCUUGCCUCUGGUGAGGGGCCCAAAUGUUGCACUGGACUUUGACACAACCCGUCGUUCAUGUUUCAUCUUUGCCGCUGUGUAGCAGAUCCUCAGAGUGGGAGUAGCGUGAAAGGGAUGUUUCUCCACCGAGUGGGGCAAGUUGCGAGCGCAGCCAAGAUUGCCAGGAUGGCGUUGACACGGGACGGCAUUAAAACGACUCCGGUUCACAAGCUCCUCUUAAAGGUGCAGUUUUUUUUUUUAAGGUGUUUGCGAAAUCUGUAAGUGGCUUUUGACUACCUUUUUGUUUUUACAGAACCUUAUAGCAAUUUAAAGGCACAUUGUGAUGUGUGUGGGGAAAGAAUAUUAAAAGUGGAAACGCAAA